CCUACCGUCAGUGAUUACCAUUGACGUUAUCAGUUAGCGUCAGUAAAAUAAAUGACAACAAACCCUGCAUAAUAUGCAAUAAACACAUAAUAAUUUGUAAUGGCGCGGGUAAUCUAAAUUUCAAAUUAACAAGUUUAAAGACCUCAAAAUGAAUAUUUUAUUUAUAGAUAACGCUAGACAGGAUGAAAUUGAAACGUUUUACGAAGCCGCCCAACGCCACAGGGACUAUUACAGAGGGUACCCGAAGGCUAACCACCCGUUAAUUUACUUUAAAGAACCGGAAUAUAUGUGGCAAUGUCCACAAGAAAUGACUCCGGUAUACCUCUCGUUCCCGAUGUACCAUGUAAGGUACAAGCAGCCGGCAGUGCUGCCUAACAACACGGGCCGGACGACGGUGAUGCCGUCGUUACCGGGACGCACGCUUGCCGGACGGUACAAUAAGGCGGCGUGCAAAGCCUUUGUCAGAUGAACUGGUUCCUGGAAAAUUUCAAUUCACUACAAAUUUAAAUAUCUAUGUGGAUUUUUUCGCAUGUCAUCAUCGGUAAAACUAUACAGGAAAAAUGAACUUAAUAAGGUUUAAAUUUU